AGUGUUACUUUUGUCAACAAAUGGGCCAGACUAGAAGCAGACAGUUUAGGUUUAUCUGAGAGCAGAAAAGUGUCUCUGUGUGGUUCAACAUUUGAGAUUUCUCUUGAGUAUAACCUGGCCUCCACAAUUCUUCCUCAGUGUAUCAGUUAGGAAUCAAUAACAAAGAUGAAGCUUUUAUCCUUCAAAUUCACAUUGGGAUCCCUGUUGCUGUGUGUUUCCUUCAGCCUUCUUUGGAUUGUAGCAGACUGUAAUAACAUGUUAGAAAUAGAAACAACAAAUAAGACAGAACUGACAUUGAUGGAAGCAGCAUCCGCCCCCCCUGCGAAUGUAAGACAAGUAAAUGUGGUGAGACAGAAUGAGUACUCUAUAACUUUCGAGUGGGACAAAGUGGAUAACAUCCCGACAUACAGACUGAAGAUGAAUGAUGGUGAUGCUAUAGAUGUAACUGGCACUGUUGAUGAUAUAAUACACUAUGUGGUCUCUGGUCUGACUGCUGGGACAAGAUACAGUUUUAUUCUUUAUACUGUGUUACAUGGAAUCAGCAGCUCUGGAUAUAAUUUCACUGCUGUGACAGCUCCUUCUGAUACUGAAAUGUUUGAACAUAUCAACCAAACUGAAACCAGCAUAACUCUGCAAUGGACCAAAGUGGGAGACAACAACAAUUAUACCCUUUCCUACAAUGGAAAGGAGGUCAGCAUAACUCACUCUGAAGGAAAUGGAAAACGCACAGUCCCAGAUCUGACUAGUGGCACUAGAUACAGCUUCACUCUCUUUACUGUGUUUUAUUAUGCCAGAAGCAGAGGAAAAAGCAUCACUGCAGUCACUGCUCCUUCUGAUGCUGAAAAGUUUGAACAUAUCACACAAACUGAAACCAGCAUAACUCUGCAGUGGACCAAAGUGGGAGACAUCGACAGUUAUACCCUUUCCUACAAUGGAAAAGAGGUCAACAUAACUCACUCUGAAGGAAAUGGAAAAUACACAAUCCCAGAUCUGACCAGUGGCACUAGAUACAACUUCACUCUCUUCACUGUGUUUGAUUAUGCCAGAAGCAAAGGAAAAAGCAUCACUGCAGUCACUGUUCCUUCUGAUACUGAACAUUUUGAAAACUUCACACAAACUGAAACCAGCAUAACUCUGCAGUGGGCCAAAGUGGGGGACAUCAAUGAUUAUACCCUUACCAACAAUGGAAAGGAGGUUAAUAUAACUCACUCUGAAGGAAAUGGAAAAUACACAGUCCCAGAUCUGACCAGUGGCACUAGAUACAGCUUCACUCUCUUCACUGUGUUUGGUUAUACCAGAAGCAAAGGAAAAAUCAUCACUGCCGUCACUGUUCCCAGACAGGUUUCCUCAGUCAGUGUUACAGAGCGCUUUGAGGACAGGGUCACUCUACAGUGGGAUAAUCAAAAUACAGAAUGGGAAUACCAGCUAAAAGUUAAUGACAUUGAUACCGAAAUUAUUCCAAAUGAUCAAAAUAUUGUAUCAUAUUCAGUCACUAAUCUGAAGCCUGGAACAAUGUAUUCAUUCAGCAUCACCACCAUCUUCUCUGGACUCCAGAGCACUCCUUAUCAUGUUGACACAGUGACAAAAAUCAACUGUAAUAGUGUAACCUGGCAUGUUACGAAUUCAUCAAUAAAAGGAACAGUUGAAGGCCUGUUUACUAAAGCAACUGCCUCCUAUGAAUCUGAAAAGCAUAACAGUACAGAAGGGAAAGACGUGUCAUUUACUGGUCUCUAUCCUGGUGCAACAUAUGAGAUUUAUCUUGAGUAUAACCUGGCCUCCACAAUUCUUCCUCAGUGUAGCAUCAAAAUACCAAUCAUUCCUCCUUCAGUAACUGCUGACUGUAGCUACUGGGCCUCUGGUUAUGGUGCUAAGAUUAACAUGAAACGACUCGAUGGUGUGCUGACGGCUGUUGAAGUUAUAAUAGAUAAAAAAACUUUAAUAAUAAAGGAAACAGAUAUUAAAACUGGACUCAUUGUAAAGGGACUUCAACCCGCCAAAAGAUAUGAAGUCUCUUUGGUUUCACUCCUGAAAGCAGAAAAUUUGAUCAGACAAUCUGAACCAUCAGUUUUUUUCUGUUCGACUGAUAACAGAGGAGUCAUUGCAGGAUCAUUGGUUGGUGUGCUGCUAUUUGUUGUUCUGAUCUGUUUGAUCGUAUUUAUCGUCCGUAAAAGACCAGAUUUUAUCCGAAGAAAGAAAUCCUUUCUUUCUAAAUCCCAAAGGUCAGAGUCAAAAAUAAUUUCUGUAGUGGAAUUCCCAAAACACUUCUAUCAUCUUGGAUUGGAUGAAAACAGAGGUUUCAGUCAGGAAUAUGAGGGCCUUGCGUCUGUUGGCACAAAGCAGACAUGUAAGGCAGCUGUUCUACCAGAGAACAAAGAGAAGAACAGUUUUAACAUCUUGCCCUAUGACUGGUGUCGGGUGAAGCUAAACACAUCAACUCCCAAUGAGACCUCAGACUAUAUCAAUGCCAGUUACAUACCAGGCUACAGCAGCAACAGAGAGUACAUUGCCACUCAGGGUCCCCUGCCUUCCACAGUCAGGGAAUUCUGGAGGAUGGUUUGGGAACAAAGAGUGAAGUGUAUCGUCAUGGUUACCAACUGCAUUGAAGGAGGACGGACCAAAUGUGAGCGAUACUGGCCUGAACGGACCAAGUCGCUUCAUUAUGGGGACGUGUUUGUCACUGGAGUGUCUGAGCUGAAGCAACCUAAGUGGACUCAAAGGGAGUUCAGACUGAAGCAUAGGAGCAGCUCAGUGGAAACAACAGUCAAGCAUUUCCACUUCACUGUCUGGCCUGAUCGUGGAGUUCCACAAAGCACAGAGGCCCUGAUCCGGUUCAGAGGAAUCAUUAGAUGGCACAUAGAGAAAGACAGGUCUGAGGGACCAACUGUGGUUCACUGCAGUGACGGAGUAGGAAGGACGGGUACUUUCAUCGCCCUGGACGUACUGCUUCAGCAGGUGGUGAGAGAACAAGCAGUCAACAUCAAGGCCUUUUUACACAAAAUGAGAGAACAUCGACCACACAUGGUGCAGACAGAGUCCCAGUAUGUUUUCCUGCACCAGUGCAUCCUGGACAGCCUUCAACCACAUGUGACCCAAGAAGAACACAUUUAUGAAAACGAUGACGACUUGAUAUACCAAAACACCAUCCCACUUCAAGAGCUUCCUUAACACAAAAAUAAUUUCAGUCCUGCAAUAAAUCCAGUUCAUAGUCAACUUUUUCUUGCAUCAAUAUGGGAUAGUAAUAUACCAAACUUUACAUUUGUUUACCCAGUUUGUCCUUGUAGGCUACCUAUGCAGCACAAAAAGGCCUUUUUUCUUAGAUUUGACUUUAUAUUCUCUUGUUUUUUUAUUAGUUCUUUACUCUAUAGAGCACAUAAAGGAAAAGUACUUCAGAUAUGCAGAAAAAUACUUGAAUUUUAUUAAAUCAAUUUUAAUUUUAAACUAAAUAUAUGAAUUUAAUAUCCCCAUAUUUAUACCACAGCCAUUAAAACAAAAGUCCGGUCAUAUUCAGAAUUCAAACAUCUGAAAGUACUUUAUAAAUGAAAGUAUUACAUAUUGUUCAAUAAAUGAUAAGUGUUUUUAAUUGAGAGUAAUUUAAUUUGAAUGUGCUUUACCGGAGACAUCCGUGUAAAGGUGAAAUAACUAAUUCUUUUUCACUUUUUCCCGAUGUUUUAAAACAUCCAACUGCCUUCCACUUGGGCAUUGUCAGUUUAACUAACUAUAGCUCUCACAAAUUUAAAAGGUGAAGUCCUCUCAAAAUAUUAAGUAAUUGUUGUUGAUUGCAGACAUGUUUAGUAGCUCCCAUUGAUUUUGCUUGUGAAGUGGGGAGACUGGCGCUAGGCUUACCGCACUAGACGUCACUGCUGGAAGAUGUCAGGAGU